AGAUAGAGACAACAAGCCAAGAAAAGAAUGUUUUUUUUUUUUUUUGGGGAGAGAGAGAGAUUCUGAGGAACCAAACAAGCCUCUAUUUCUCUCUCUCUCACUCAAAACUUUCUCAAGAAAACAGAAAAAAGCUUGAAACUUUAGAUACAAGAAAGAAAGAUACCAAAGACCCAUUAUUGAAAAUCCAAUCUUUUUCAAUUGGAUGGACUUGAUGAGGAUGAGAUCCAUCACCAUAAUUUACAACAUCAUCACCUUCAUCAAUUUGCAUCACCAAAGCCUCACAAUGUAAACAACAACAGCAAUGGUAUUGCCAAUGUUGUUGGGGGUCCUACAGUUAUUGCUCCUGCAACUAGUGUUCAUGAGCUCCUAGAAUGUCCUGUUUGUACCAAUUCUAUGUACCCACCAAUUCAUCAGGUUUGUUCUUUGUGUGUUUAAUUUGUUGUGAAGAUGUGUACUUUAUGGUUUGUGUUUAUCUGGUCUUGUCUGCUUGCUGUCUUUUUUUUAUUAUUAUGUUUUUGAUGUUUGAUAGGUGUAUGUUAGAUCUUAUUGGAUUUGAUAAUUGGGUUUUAAGGACAUUGGUGAUUUCAGGCGCAUAGUGAUGAUGUGUUGUUUUAGAGUUGAUGAUGGUUGAAUUGGAUAUGUUUUUGGGCUGUUUUAGUGAGAACAAUUUUGGGUUUUUGGUGAGUUGAUUUCAAUGGAUUAGUGCUGAAUUUGAGCGUGUGAGGGAAUUUGACUUGAACGGAUGGCAUUCUAGUGACGCUUUUGCAAGGGUUGCAAUGCUAUGAGAUCCUCUUUGAGCAUUCCUGAAGCUGAGUGUCACAAUGGGCACACGCUAUGUUCCACCUGUAAAACAAGGGUACAAAAUCGCUGCCCCACAUGUAGGCAGGAGCUUGGAGACAUUAGAUGUUUGGCCCUAGAAAAGGUGGCUGAGUCACUAGAACUGCCUUGCAAAUAUUACAACUUGGGGUGCCCAGAGAUAUUUCCAUAUUACAGCAAGCUCAAGCACGAGGCAAUUUGCAACUUCAGACCAUAUAAUUGCCCCUAUGCUGGAUCAGAAUGCUCUGUUGUUGGGGACAUCCCUUUCCUAGUUGCACAUCUAAGGGAUGAUCACAAGGUGGACAUGCACAUAGGAUGCACUUUCAACCAUCGCUAUGUGAAGUCUAAUCCCCGUGAAGUGGAGAAUGCCACUUGGAUGUUGACGGUCUUCCAUUGUUUUGGUCAAUACUUCUGCCUUCACUUUGAAGCUUUCCAGCUUGGCAUGGCCCCUGUUUAUAUGGCAUUCCUCCGUUUCAUGGGUGAUGAGGCUGAGGCUCGGAAUUAUAGCUAUAGCCUUGAGGUCGGAGGAAAUGGCAGGAAACUUAUAUGGGAGGGUACCCCGCGAAGUGUCCGAGAUAGCCACCGGAAGGUCAGGGAUAGUCAUGACGGUCUCAUAAUUCAACGAAAUAUGGCACUUUUCUUCUCUGGUGGGGAUAGGAAGGAGCUGAAGCUUAGAGUUACCGGGAGGAUAUGGAAGGAACAACAAAGUCCAGAAACAGGAGUGUGCAUACCUAACCUUUGUAGCUAAAGGCGAAGUGAUUUUGAAGACAUUUACACGGUUUGUGUGUUUGAGACUGUUGUGUGUUGUACCUACUUCUUCCAUCCUUUUCUUGUAUCUUGUAAUGGAUGGAAUUGAUGAAACUCUAUAGUUUUUGAUAAAUUUGUAUAAUAAACAGCUGUUCUUCCAUCAACUUUUGCUUGAUAGUACAAAAGGUAGGCUUUCAAGCUAGACUGGAUGAAGCCACUUACAGGA